AUGAAACUGAGUAACCAAACUCAGCUUUCAGAAUUCCUUCUCCUGGGAUUCUCAGAGGACCCAGCACUGCAGCCUCUCAUCUUUGGGCUGUUCUUCUCCAUGUAUGUGAUCUGUGUCACUGGGAACCUGCUCAUUGUCCUGGCCAUCUUCACAGACACACACCUCCACACACCCAUGUACUUCUUCCUUACCAACCUGUCCUUCUCUGACAUCUGUUUCACCUCCACCACCAUUCCCAAGAUGUUGGUUAACAUCCAGACACACAGUAGAGUCAUCAGUUUUGCAGGUUGCAUCACACAGAUGUUUUUCUUCAUACUCUUUGCAGGACUAUAUGAUUUUCUUCUGGCUGUGAUGGCCUAUGACAGGUUUCUGGCCAUCUGUCACCCUCUGCACUACACAGUCAUCAUGAAUCCCCGAAUCUGUGUGCAGCUGGUUCUGGUGUCCUGGGUCAUUGGUGUCCUGAAUGCCCUGAUGCAGAGCUUACUUGUGCUGAGGCUGAGCUUCUGCACACACCUGGAAAUCCCUCAUUUCUUCUGUGAGUUGAAUCAGGUGGUCCACAGAGCCUGUUCUGACACCUUUCUCAAUGACCUCAUAAUGUAUUUUGCAUCUGUGCUUUUAGGGGGUGGUCCCCUGUCUGGGAUCCUCUACUCUUACUCUAAAAUUGCCUCCUCCAUCCGUGCCAUCUCAUCAAAACAGGGCAAGUAUAAAGCCUUUUCCACCUGUGCCUCUCACCUCUUGACCAUCUCCCUAUUUUAUGGCACAAGCAUAGGUGUGUAUCUCAGUGCCAGUGCAGCCCCAAGUUCAGCCUCAACUUCAGCAGCCUCAGUGAUGUACACAGUGGUUACACCAAUGCUGAACCCUUUCAUCUACAGCCUGAGGAACACAGACAUGAAGAAAGCUCUGAAAAGACUGCUGUUGCAUAAAUGA